AUGGAAAGACCAGGGCUGCUCCUCUUCGCCUUUCCUCCGCCAUCGUCCAUCCUAAGCCUGAGUCAGCUUCUCACCAUAUCUUCUCACAAGACUUUCCAAAUGAAGCGACUCCUAGCCAAGAAACAAGAGCAAAAUCGUCCUAUUCCUCAGUGGAUUCGGAUGAAAACCGGUAACAAAAUCAGGCACAACUCCAAGAGGAGAACCAAGCUGGGCCUGUAA